GAAAAGGAGACCAGAGAAUAACAAGGCUACGUGAGCUGGAUUUAAAUUGAUGAGUACCCAAGCUUGUCUUUUUGUUCUUUAGGUAGGAUUGAAAAUGUGUGAUUGAUUUUGUGUGUGAGUCGGAAGAUUUUAUGUUUUCAUCAUGAGUUUAAAAAGGAGAUUCUCUCUGGAAAGCUCCUCUCUGGAGGCAACUGGCAUAGCAAAAGUCAGCAACGUGUUCAACAAUAAGAGAUCUGGUCGGAGGAAGAGUCUGGAUGGUGCACGGCUGGAGAUCCCACAACUAAAUCAGAGUCUCGACUCAAAAAUGUCCCUCAGGCAGCAGACAAUAGCAGAGGAGAGUCUUGAAAGAUCAGAUGGAUACAUGGAAAAUCACGGGUACCUGAAACGUGACAAAACCUUCCAUAAACUGUUCCCAGCGAUUCCUGAAACAGAGUACCUGAAACACAUGUUCACAUGUUCCAUGCAGAAGGAGUUGCUCUAUCAUGGCAAGCUGUUUGUAUCCGAGCAACAUGUGUGUUUCUACUCGUCUGUGCUGCUCAAAGACACCAAGGUGAUGAUUCCCGUUUCCAGUGUGAGUGGGAUCAAGAAACAAAACUCCACUCUUUCGAUGCUUUCCAUCCAAACCUCCAACGGAGAGAAGUAUUCAUUUGCACAUAUAAGAAACCGGGAGAGAUGUCUCAAACUCCUGCAAAGUGUUUGCUCAAAUGUACAGGAGCAGGAAGGGAGUCCAACCAGCAGUCCUCACCUCUCCUCUGCAGAGAAUGAAGGCGAGCACGACAUGGUGUCCAGUCAUUCCAGCAUGGAUGACAGUCCAGAUUUCAGCAGUAUCUAUCUUGACAACUUUCCUCAGAUGUCCAGGGAAGCUCCCUGUAGUUGCAGUUCCACUCGUCAGUCCAGCUUAACAGAUGACGACCGGCAAGCCGUGUCCUGGAUCUGGAGGAUCACUGAGAAAGCCACGUCACUUUUCUUCUUCCGUGAAAUCAACACUCUUAAUGUUCUCUUCUACAUCUACGUGAUGCUACUGCUGUUGGUGCUGUUGACGUCAGGGUACAUCGGGCUGAGGAUCACAGCUCUGGAGGAACAGCUUAACUCUUUGGGAGCUCUGAGUGAUUUCUCUUCGCAUUACAAAGAGUAAAACUGCCAAACACUGAAACUUUGCCUAUUUCGUAUACAGAAUUUCUUUCACUGGAGCUUUUGUCAAAAGUAAAUGUUCAAUACUCCAUGCAGACACUUUCUCUUGAAAUAAACCCCAACGUGUGGGCUCAAUGUUCUGCAGGUCAGUAUGAAGAUGCCAUCAGGACAACACGGGUGGACAACUUGGCUGACUGGGUUGGCAAAGUCGUCAAGGCAUUUUAUUUAUUUAUUUAUUUUCCCAGUUAGAAAUGCACUUGUUAUCUGCUGACAGAUCGAAAACUGGAGAGAGCCUCUAGUCUCCAGCACCAAACCACAUGGAGGCAGCCUGCCUGCACCACUUUCCCUUCCUGGCCAGUAGAAAGCUGAGCUCAGCAAGCAUUUUUAUUAGAUUACCACAAACCAUGAAACACAUUGAGCUCAGCUAGAAAAUUAAAGAAGGAAUUUGUUACUGCCAAAUUUUAAGAUGUAUAUUACGAGUUCAAUGGCUCUAAUCGUGUGUUUAAUACCUUAAGUAGCCCAUUCUGAAAAUGGCAUGACAAAAGAUGACCAGCAGAGGGCAGUCACGCCGAGCAGAUUCACCAAACUCUGUUCAGGGUGUGGCUCAGCCGCACAAUUCAUUCAUAUGCUCUUGUUUGAAUAAACGUCACACAGACUUGAUCUGCUGACGCUUUAAAUAAUUAACUCUUGAUUUUUUUCCCCCCCAGCGUUCAUUUACAUUUUGCCACAUACUCUGUCUUAAAUUAUUUAUUUUAUGAUGUAUGUUAUUAUGCUGACACCGCUUAUGUGGUGUUUAAGUGGCUGUGACGAUGUAAAAGUGAUCAUUUCGUUGCUGCAACAUUAAUUUAAACAUGCGUUUGUGUAAAAAGAUUGUAAUAUAAUUAUUUAUCAUCACUGACUCAGGGGUUUUCAGUCCAAUAAUUCUUUACAUUUAAUCCUGUCUGUUGGGGAUGUUUUUAAAAUGAUCUCACUGCUGUCAUUGAUAUCAUGUUACCUAAACAUGUCUUUGUGCACAAUUACAUUCUGCAAUUCCUGUAUCACUAUUCACAAUCUUGCAAUAAAUCAUUAAUCUGAAACAUAAAUGUGUCAAAUCAAA